AAGCUAACUCAAUAUUAGUGCAGAAAAAGCAGGAAAAUUCAGAGAAAGCAGAAGAAGUCCAGCAAUGGAUGUGGUCAAAACGCAGCAAAUCUCCGCGAGGCUGAUCGAGAAGGUGAUAGUUCACCCGCUGGUUCUGCUCAGCAUCGUCGACAACUACAACAGGGUCGCCAAAGACACUCGCAAGCGCGUCGUCGGAGUUCUGCUCGGCUCGUCGUACAAGGGCACCGUCGACGUCACCAACAGCUACGCCGUUCCCUUUGAAGAAGAUGACAAGGAUCCCAGUAUCUGGUUUCUUGAUCACAACUACCAUGAAGCCAUGUAUUCCAUGGCAAAGAGAAUAAAUGCGAAGGAGCACGUUGUGGGAUGGUACAGCACAGGUCCAAAAUUGCGAGAAAAUGACUUAGACAUUCACGGUUUAUUUAAUGAUUAUGCUCCAAAUCCUGUCUUGGUCAUAAUUGAUGUCCAACCUAAGGAGCUGGGAAUACCAACAAAAGCUUACUGUGCCGUUGAAGAGGUUAAAGAGAAUGCUACCCAGAAAAGCCAGAAGGUUUUCGUUCAUGUGCCUUCUGAAAUUUCUGCCCAUGAAGUUGAGGAAAUUGGAGUGGAACACUUGCUUAGAGAUGUGAAAGAUACAACCAUCAGCACUCUUGCAACAGAGGUUACAGGGAAACUCACAGCCUUGAAGGGAUUGGAAGCAAGACUUAAGGAGAUUCGGGGUUAUCUGGACCUUGUUAUUGAUGGCAAGCUCCCAUUAAACCAUGAGAUUUUGUACCACCUACAGGAUGUGUUCAAUCUACUUCCAAAUCUUAAUGUUUCUGAUCUCAUCAAGGCUUUUUCAGUGAAAACAAAUGAUAUGAUGUUGGUCAUAUAUCUUUCUUCCCUCAUCCGAAGCGUUAUUGCUCUUCACAACUUGAUCAACAACAAGAUGCACAAUAAGGAGCAUGAAAGGGCAGAAGACUCGAAACAAGUUGCCGUAACAGCUGCAGCUGGAAGCUAAGAGUAUUUAAAUACAGCUUGGACGAUUGAGGGACGUCAUCUAUCGAUGAAGAUAACUAAUGCGUACUUUCUUUUCAUUCCAUAUCCUCGCAGAAUCUGAAGUUAGAUUUGGAGGGAUGCCCUGAUUUAGUGAUCACCCCUAAUCUUAUCCCAUGUCCCAGACAGUGCUUUCACUUCCUUUCAAAUAUAUGACAUGCAUUGUGGUAUGCAGUGGGAUCCGAAAAAUAUAGAAUCUGUUCCAAUUUAAGGAUCUUCUUUAACAACAUUACUAGCGCGUCACGUUUAUUUAUUUGAAAUUGAAAUUACUUCGA